AUGCAUAUGGCACUACAUACAGUCAUUGCAACACAACAUACAGUCAUGCAACCGACAAACACUACAGUCAUGCAACCUGAAAAACAUACAGUCAUGCACCACAAACAUACAGUAUGCAACACAAAAAUACAGUCAUGCAAAACGGCUCACCCAACCGCAUUCAUCCAAACACCCAACUGUACAUCAUCCAAACAAACCACAUUCAUCCAAACACAACAUACAUCUCAUCAAGAAGCCACAUUCAUCCAUCAAAACACCAUUCAUCAUCCAAACACCCAUUCAUCAUCCACCCAUUCAUCCACGAACCACCAUAUCCAUGCCAAAAGUAUAUCAACACAUUCAUCCAAACAAACAACCCGAUUCAUAAAACACACACCCAUUAACAUCCCCAAACACCCAUUUCUCAUCCCUCAAAAGCACCCAUUCAUCCCUCAAAUACACCGGCAUUCAUCACCAUACCAAAACCCAUUCAUCACCUCCAAAAACCCACAUUCAUCCCUCCAAACACCAAACAGUCAUCCCUACCCAAACACCAUUCAUUCCCUCACCACACCCAUUCAUCCCUUACACAAAAACACCAUUUCAUCCCUCCAAACACCCAUUCAUCGCCUCAAACCACCACCCCAUUCAUCCCUCCAAACAGCCGGCGAACUGGCAUCCUCCAAACACCCAUUCAUCCAUUCCAAACACCCAUUCCAUCCUUCAAACCACCCAUUCAUCUCCAAACACCCAUUCAUCCUUCCAAAACACCCAUCAUCCAUCCAAACACCCAUUCAUCCUCCAAACACACAUUCAUCCUUCAAACAAACACAUCAUCUCCAUCCUCUCCAAACACACAUUCAUCCAAAGGUAGAUACAGUGCGCCACUUGGCAGCGGGCCGCCCACCUCGCGCGCGGCGCUGGCCGGCGUGCGCGGCGCGGCGCGGCGCGGCGGUGCGGGCGCGCAGGCCGCACUUGCGCGAGAAGAGCCCGUCGCGGCGCAGGCGCAGCCGCACGUACAGCGCGCAGAGCGCGCGCGCCUGCUCCGCCAGCUGCGCCGCCUGCGCCUGCGCGUGCGCAGCGCCCAGCCCGGCCAUGGCCGCCACGGCCUCGGCGCCGCCGCGCCACCCGGCGCCCAGCGUGUGCGACAGCUUGCGCGACACCGCGUCGCCCACGUUGGAGAAGCGCCGCCGGCCCGCGCCGCUCGACGACGACGACGCCGCCGCCGACCCGCCACCGCCGCCCACGGCGCCCACGCCUGCAACAGGGGUUGCCGCUGCUGUACGAGAGAUGCUGAUCACCGAGCUUGACAUUUUCAGCGCAAUAUUUUACGCACUCACGCUGCGGUUUACUAAACAAGGCAUCUAUUUUUAUUCAGACUGGGAUAUGUAUUACCAUGAGGACAAAUAUCAUUCUGAGGAGCCACUGGUAUUACUAAUCUCAUCAGCAAUUCCAUAUUUAGGAACUGAUCUAGUUCAACGAUUGAUAAAGCUACAUCAACUCGAUCCUUCACAUUCCAUUUCUUGUUGCAGCAUUUGUAAUAAUUCAUCUACUUUUUCUUCAUCAAACAUGUUCAAAUAA